GUGUGUGUGUGUGUGUGUGUGUGUGUGUGUGUGUGUGUGUGUGUGUGUGUGUGUAGAUUAAACAUGAACGGGCCAAAACGGACAUGGCAGCAGGUCAAAAUCAAAUACAAGAACAUUCUGCAGAAUGCAGUGAAAAAGAAUACCCACAGACAAGGCACGGGUGGUGGGUCACCAAAGGCUGACCUUACCCCAGCAGAGGACAUGGCCUUGGAGCUAAAUAAAGGCAGGCCCGUCUUAAGAGGGGAUCCCUGGGGGGAAAGAGACGAGCAUAGGUUCCUCCCAAGAUGCCACCCGCUUCAUUCAAGUGCCUGGCAGCACUGUGUUCCUGUUAGAGCCACCAGCACAAGCACCAGACGAUGCUGAUCCAGGUGAAGGCCCCAGUGCAGCAGCAACAGCACAUGAUGGAGACGAUGAUGAGGAGGAGACCAUCUCUCUGGAUUCCAGAAGGCAUGAGGACCCAGAUGCUAUACAGUGGGAAAACCAGCCUGGCAACAUAGUGCGUAUUAAUAAAAGGACACCACAUCCUGCCAAAUUCCAGCUGCGCUAAUUGUAUUGUGUUCACAGAGCUCACAAGCUAUCAGAAAGUUGUAUGGCAACCACCUCCGGCGCCAAAUAGAACUGGCAGACAUAGACAUUCAGUACAAGAAGAAAAAGAUGGAAAAUCUUGCACUGGAGUCCGAAAUAAAAAAGAGGACAAUUAGGAAACUGGACCUUGAAAUAAAAAAACUUGAGAGGGAGCUCCAAGAAGAUGACACAGCUCAAAAUAAAAAUUAGGUAUAUUCUCGUAAAGUCAAGUGAGCCAUGACAUAUGAGCUCUUAUUGUGAGCACACAGGACGGUGGCAUCUUUCUAAGGUUUUUUUUUUAUUUUCCCAGCAAUCAGUACAACCAAGUCAUCGUUAUAAGGCAUCGCCCUCUUUUGCCCACCCCCCCAGCACCAGGUGUGGCCACUAGCCUAUAUGAAGGCCCAAAAUUGUGUGUUCCUUUCUGCUCUGACAAUGGCAUGCCCAUUCGUGCGAGAUGUGGUGGAUGAGGAAGCACUUGUGCUGAGGAGAGCCUUCAGGCGAGAAAGGGUCUUCAGGGACCGGUUGGACCCACUGGCCUUCCCUGAUGACCAUCUAUAUGAAAGAUACAGGUUUUCUGCAGAUGGCAUCAGGUAUCUAUGCAGACUACUGGGUCCCAGGAUUAAGCACCGCACUGCACGGAGCCAUGCACUGAGUGUGGAGCAAAUGGUUUGUGUGGCCUUGCGCUUUUUGCUAGUGGAGCCUUCCUGUACUCAGUGGGGGAUGCAGAACAGCUGAACAAGGCCACAAUUUGCCGCACAAUAAGGAGUGUGUGUCUGGCUAUCAAAGCAUUAGCAGAUGUCUUCAUCUCCUUCCCUGGCCACAGAAGACUCUGUGACAUCAAAGAGGAGUUCUAUAGGAUUGCAGAUGGUCUGCAAUGCUGACUGUGUGAUCAGCAAUGUUGUGGCAAAAUGGCCUGGCUCAGUCCAUGACUCCAGAAUCUUUCGGGCCUCUGAAAUCUAUCAGUGCCUAUCACAAGGUGAAUUCUCUGGUGUGUUGCUGGGAGACAGGGGGUAUGGCUGCCAGCCUUUUCUCCUGACACCUUUCACAGACCCCCAGGAAGCACAGCAGGCCUACAACCAUGCCCAUGCCAGGACCAGGGCCAGAGUUGAAAUGACCUUUGGCCUCCUGAAGGCACGCUUUCACUGCCUUCACAAAUUAAGGGUCAGCCCUGUUAGGGCAUGUGAUAUUACUGUGGCUUGUGCUGUCCUCCACAAUGUGGCCUGCCUGAGGAAGGAGAGGGCCCCCAGAGUGCCACCAGCCAUGGACUGGGACAAUCCGGCAAUCUUCCCUGAUGACGACAGUGGUCGGCUGCUGAGGGACCAAUAUGUGUUGAAUUAUUUUAGUUAGUAUGUGUGCUUUCAAUUUUGGUUAAAUAUGUCCUGCGGUGGCAGAGGAAUUUGGGUUUUUUUGGGUUCGUUUUUUGACGAAUUUGGCCUCUUAUGAUGUUUGUGCGGUAUACUGUGUGUAAUACAAGGCUGCAGGGAGGCUACUGCAUCCAUUCAUUUGUCUGUUCAGUUGAUGUGUAUGGAUUUGUCCUGCAUUUAUUCUAGUGUGCAGACAUGCAGGGUGUGUUAUAUACAGACCUUUGAAUGUGUAUGUAUCAUUUUGUAUAAUAUGCUUGGAUUCUGUGCUUUCCAUCUUGUAGAGUCACUGUGACUUCAGUUUCGAAAGGAGCUGAUGGUUUACCUGCUUUGUUUUGUCCUUAUUCAAUAAAGGAACAUAAUGUUACACAUUGUGUUUUUAUAUUCA